AUGGCCUCCCACAAUGGUACAUGGCGUUCUGCUCGAUAUUCUCGGCCCUUCUCCAGAGUCAAGCGCUGUCACAUGAGAAGAGGUUUAGAAAACAGUAACCUGCUCCGUUCGGCGCGUCACUUUCACUUUGAGAAGGUUAAUGUACCACUUCGCCAUCAGCGACGGCCCUCGGCACGUCAGGCGGAGGGGAUAUCCCGUCCAUCGAGCCCGAAUGUAUCCAGGAUCCGUCUGACGAUGCCGGCGGUUUACAUGCCCCUUGCAGGAAUCAUGUCCGCUAUCAACCCGCCAGGACAGGCCCGUGAGAAGUACCUUUGUCGCAUCGCUACCAAGUCCGACUACGACUACGAGUCUACGAGGGUUGUCGACGACCAGACAUCAGCUGCGCGCAAGAGCUCGUGCAGGAAACGGCCCCAGCUGGACAUCAAGUUACUGGACCGCAUGCAACCGCUGGAUCGCCGUACCUGA